CACAAAUUCUUUGAGUUGAGAAAACUUCAUCCUUUUCCAUCCUUUCCUCUAAGAUUUAAUCGUUUUUCAAACACAAGAAUGUAUUGCUUCCGUCAGGCAGCCUCUCGGCUGUUGAUUGCUCCUAGCAGAGUCGCGAUUCGCUCUGUACCGCGCUCCAACGCGUCCAGCCCUUUGCGCCUUGCUUUCGCCAGCAGACCCGUUCAGUCUCAGCUUCAAAGCCGGUGGAACAGCGAUGAUGCUCAGAACAAGCCCGUAGCUCCCAGCACCAACGAGCAGUCUCCCGAGACCAGCAACGAGAGCAUCGUCGAGGCUGUUUCGCAGUACGCCGAUCAGAAGGAGAAUUUUUCUGAACAGGCUGAUGAGCCUUUUGCCCCGGAAGCCCCGAGACGACGUUCCUUCCAGCGGGAUAACUCUGGCAAUGGCGAAUCUGGGACCCGCAGAUUCAGAUCAAACUUCGCCAGGGAGGAGCCGGAGCCGAAGACCACCAUUUUCGUUGGAAACCUUUUCUACGACGUCACAAGCGACGAUCUCAGACGUUUCUUCAUGAAGUUCGGAGAGGUGCAGAGAGUGCACCUCAUCCAUGACCAGCGGGGAAUCAGCAAGGGAUUCGGUUAUGUGGAUUUCGAUUCGAUCGAGUCGGCUCAGCGUGCCAUCGAAGAGAUGCACCUGCAGGUUUACGAGGGACGUCGUAUCAGCGUCAUGUUCGCGCAGAACGGCAUGAAGAAGCACAGGGUGUCGCCCCCUUCGAAGUCGCUCUACAUCGGCAACCUGCCCUUCGAGAUGACCGACCGUGAUCUCAACGAUCUGUUCAGCGAUGUGGUCAACGUCAUCGAUGUGCGCGUGGCGAUUGACCGCCGCACCGGACAGCCCCGUGGUUUCGCCCACGCCGACUUCGUUGACCUCGAGAGUGCGCGCAAUGCCAUGGAGGCCCUCAGCCAGAAGAUGCCCUAUGGAAAGAAGUUGCGCCUGGACUACAGCUCCAAGCACAAGGGCAUCAACAACCCUGAAUCCCGCCAGCAGGAGCAGCAGGAGCAGCCGGAGCAGCAGGAGUAGGG